AUGGAGACGUAACAUAGAAACAGACGAGUUGAGCCAAUUCUAAGAAGACUGCCACCUGACACAUUUCUAUUUUAAACAACUACGUCAUCGUGCACUAGGUAUAAAUGAGAGGUCAUUUCUAUUUACUAGCACUUAACGCCUUCAGUGAGCAAACCGAACAUCUACUCCGUACACUGUGUAUCAUCUCGCUUUAUUGAAAUUUACCAGGCACUAGUAUUCAUUUUGCUUUCGUACAUGCCUCAACUUUAUGUAAAUUUCCAAAGAAAAUUUCUCUGUAUAACCACUUUUAUUAACUAAUAAUCAGCGGUGUUCACCAUCAUCUCUAGGAUGGAUGUUGUGGCCAAUGUCUUCAAACGGACGAAGCAGAAAUUUACUGUAACACCAGAAGAUCCCAUAUACAACAUACGUUAUCUUGGUAAUGUGCGAACAUUAGUAGCGAAAGGUGAAGGUUGCACGGAGAGUGCAGUGCGAAAAUUAUGGAAGAAAACCAACCAAGGUAAGAAGUCAGCGAAAAUAAAACUGACGAUUUCUGCGAAAGGUUUAAAACUGGAAGGAUUAAAUAGAGACAGACAAUCAAUGGCGCAAUUAUACCAAAUCCACCGGAUUUCGCACAGGUGCGUUGAUCAAAAUUUUACUCGUGUUUUUUGCUGGGUUUAUCGCCACGAACGUAAACACAAGCAAGUUGAGCUACGUGUUCAUGCUGCCAUUUGUAGUAAACAGGAAAAAGCUGAAGAAGUAUUUAGUAUUUUGCAACAAAUCUGUAACUCAUCUUUUGCAGACUACAAAAAGGAAAAGCGGGAUCGCGAAAGAAUAACAGAACAAACGAACAGCAUAGUUUCCUUAGAACAUCUUCCUUCAGUUCCUUUGAGGCGACGCCUAAAUACCCGCUCAAACUUUCUACCUCCUUUAGAGACAUCAAGAAAUGCACCAAAACUUGGUUUAUUGUGUGAAGAAGAUGAAGACGUUGAACAAGAUAUUCUUGCAGAAAAGUAUGAUAACUCGUUAUCAGAUAAUUCAAGUCAGGAUGACCCGAAGCAAGAUUUUGGCAUUUUCACAAGUGAAGAAAUAGAAGACGACGACACGAAAUUACGCAUCACAACAAGAAACUAAAAUGGAUUUUUCUGUUAGUAAAUAAUGUGGGCCUAGGCCUGCAUACUGAUUAAACGAAUAAUUUUAGUGUAACAAGAUCCAUGAAUUAAAAAAUGUUGGUUUCUUUGCCGUUCUCAAUUUUAUAAUGUUUCAAAUAACACAAAUGGCUAAAUAAUAAGGCCUAUGGACAUGUAGGCCUGUGCUAUGAAAUAAUUUAAUUUGGGUGUUGUAUCGGGUUUUUUGCCACUUGAUUCUAAUAAAAUAAUUUCAAUACUUUUUGUCAUAUACGGUAUGCUUUUAAACAUGUUUAAUAAACAUUGUAUGAUUUGCUCAAGUUUAAAGUCUUUCAAAAUACCCUAACGCUCGCUUCUCGCACACAACCAGACGAGGCAAUGUUAUUAAAAUGCAUGCAACUUCAUAAUAUCUUAGAUUAUGCACCAGACUACAAGCAGUAACACAAAAUGUUAUUAACGUUCGUGAACGUUGUGGUUAGGUUAUGCAAGAAGAUUAGGUUAUGCAAGAAGAUGACGUUAUCACAAUUAUUACAACGUUUCAGCAACAUUAGCAACGUUGUUUAAGCUCUGAUCGCACUAUUAAUUAAAAAAAAAAAAAACAAGAUUAUUAUAAUCGGUUCUUCAAAACCUUUCCUAUGGUUUGUCUGGAAAAAUUUUCUCGGCGGGAUUCUACCUUUGACCUUUAUAAAAGCAAGCAUCUUAACCAUAGACCUCAAGGAAUUGAAUUUAAGCCAUACUGUA